AUGGAUCUGCCUGUCGAUUUGGACUACGAAAUGGAAGAACAGCCUGCGCUGUUGCCGCCACCGCCGCCGCCCGAGCCCAGGAAAAGGGACAGGACCAAGCUGGACAAGGAAAAGGCAAUAGACCGCAACGGGCUUCUUGUGCCUGCGACGCCGCUGCCGCAGGAACAAGUGCUUUACCGCGUGGAGCUGCGCCCAAAGCACCAUCCGACACGGGCGCUUUUCUUUGGUAACUUGCGCCGGCCCGUCAACGCCAUCACCUUCCAGGCGCAUCUUCGGCGUCUAGCCCAAGAGCGGUCGGCGAGCAUAGAACGCGCGUGGAUGAACCGAACAAGAAGCCACGCGGUAGUUCUAGUCAGCAGUGUUGAAGCCGCUACGGCAUUGCGUGACCAGAUGAACGGGUCGUUGUAUCCUCCACCCGAAGAGCGAGAAGCACUUGCAGACCAGUUGCUCAGCAUUGAAACAGAGCAAUACGAGGAAGCGAAAAGGACAGGACAGGCUGCCGCAGAGCCUUCAAGGUUGGAUCUUUCGUCUAUCCCGCAGCACGAGUUGUUUGUUGAUUUCAUCCAGGUGUCGCAGAUCAACCAAUGGAUCUUUGAGGAGGACCACGGGCCCCGCAACGGGAAGUGGCUUGUCGCCUACAGAAGAAAGGGCGAGCACGGAGAUGUGGAGGCGGACCAUCUUUUGGUGGAAGGCGACUUCAAGCCGGUGCAUCCAUCCGAACGGAGAAAAAGAGUGCGGAGAGAACCAGACGACCGUGAUCACAACCAGAGGGGAAGAUACCUGCGGGGAUACAACCGGGCACGGCUGAGAUCAGCGUCGCCAUAG